AGCCUCUGUGGGACACACGGGGAGCAGCAGGAGAAGCGCUGAGGCCAUGGAGCAGUACUUGUCGGCCACCCAGAAGAUGGAGCAGGAGGUGAUGUUCCCCAGCCUGCUGCGAGGGGUCUUCCCGCAGCAGGAGCGGGACGGGGAGGCCCCCGAGGGCGGCCCCACAACCUGUACUGAGCGCUACCAGCUCCUCAAGGCCAUCAAGCCCGUGGUGGAGCGAGGCCUGGCCUCCGUCACCGACCCGGCGGCAGCGGGGACACCGAGGACGAUGCCUGAAGAGGCCCCGGACAACGGAGCCGAGGGCAACCUGGAGGAGCGCCUGUCCCACCACCUGGCCGGCUUGCAGCAGGUCCUCAGCCACCUGGCCAGGGACACCACGGCCCUGACGCGCAGGUACAGCCAGAUCCUGGAGCAGAUCAGCCCAGGCGACGGGCAGCCCAGCUGGUGAAGCCGCCGCGG